AUGGAUCAACUGAUAUCAAGAUUACGAACCGAAAAUCGUUUACUCAGACAACGAAUUGAUUAUUUGGAACAAGAAAGUUCAGCAUUAGCUGAUCGUUUGAUAAAAGGUCAGGUAAAUUUAGCGCAAGAAGCGGAAAAUUGCAUGAGUAUAUCACAUGAAUUAUUGAAACUACGCGAUAUCAAUUCAGACGCUCAUCGACGAUUGGAAGAAGCAUAUGAUACUAUUCGUGAUUUAAGUUGCAAA